AUGGCUUUCACCGGAUUUGUAGGCUUUCCGAAUUUCGAUAAACUUCGGAUAGAAUUUUGGUUUCUAGACGGAACUGCAUUUGCAAAUUUGCUGUUUGCCAAGAUCCAGAGAAUAUCGAGGCCCGAUGUGGUGCAGGCAGUGAAACCUGAUCAGAUUUACCGAACUGCGCUCGUAAAUUUGUUGUCUGACGAUAUCGAGGCCCGAUCGAAAAGUUGGAACGGCUAUAGUCGGCGGAACCCACUUCCGCUUCACGGUACUCUUGGGUGCGGGUGCAGCUGCGCCUUAUGCCCCGACGCCCCGACGCAGGCGACAUUUGAAUUUGAGUAAUACAUACAUAAUAAAAAUUAGAACGUGCUUCACGGAGACAGACGUCGCCCUCAGGCACCGACGGUGACUGUUUCCAGAACGACGGAUGUUUGAUCCGGCAUAGAUAGCGACGGUUACGUUUGAUUACGUACUUUUAGUUGCUCCUUUGUCCUAUAAACGAACAAUAACCAGCCACCUUUGUUCUCUCACCUAACCACGGCCACGCUCUUAU